UCAGCCUUCUGCGCAGAACGCAGCCGUGUCGCCCGUCAUGCGGAGCUUGGUGAAAUCAGGUACAGAAAAACAUGUGGAUUCACAACAUUUGUCAACUUGUUGAUCGCCUCUGUUAAAAAAGCAGCGACAAGAUAGGAGGACUGGCGAUAACAGAUAACGAUAUAGCAACCGCUUUCAAAGAUGUCUGGAGAAGACGGGAAUAAUUCGGAGAAAGGCGCUGAAAAAGCGGAACUCGAUCCAUGGAAUAAUAAACCAGUGACUAAAUUUCUCCUCCUUCACUGAGCUUACCAAAAAGCAGCAGGUAUGGAAGAAAACAAACACAGAUGUAGACCCUAACUUAUCCCAGACAUUCUGUCUUUUGGAUCUACUGAAUUCAGUGGAACUCUGGCCUUAUUUAUUCAAAAAUGGAAAAAUCAUCCGUAGGGAUAAAUAAAUCGGACUUCCGAUCGACCUCCUCGUUACCCCCGGAGCCGGUGGAGAUCAUCCGAAGCAAGGCGUGCUACCGCCGAGUGAGACUCAAUGUCGGGGGUCUUCCACAUGAAGUCCUGUGGAGAACAUUGGACAGGUUACCUCGCACACGACUGGGGAAAUUAAGAGAUUGCAACACACACGAAUCACUAAUGGACAUUUGCGACGACUACAAUUUAGAAGAAAAUGAGUACUUUUUUGACAGACAUCCGGGGGCGUUCACUUCUAUACUGAAUUUUUACCGCACCGGCAAGUUGCACAUGAUGGAGGAGAUGUGCGCGUUAUCUUUCAGUCAAGAACUGGACUAUUGGGGAGUCGAUGAAAUUUACCUGGAGUCGUGCUGUCAAGCUCGGUACCACCAGAAAAAGGAACAGAUGAACGAGGAGCUUAAACGUGAAGCUGAUAAUAUGAAGGAUAGAGAAGGAGAGGAAUUUGAUAACACAUGUUGUUCAGAAAAAAGAAAGAAGCUUUGGGAUCUUCUGGAAAAGCCGAGUUCGUCAGUUGCAGCCAAGAUCCUGGCGAUCAUCUCCAUCCUCUUCAUCGUUCUGUCGACCAUCGCCUUGUCCCUAAAUACCCUGCCCGAGCUGCAGGUCAUAGAUGAGCUUGGACACUCAAACGACAACCCCCAGCUAGCCCACGUGGAGGCUGUGUGCAUCGCGUGGUUCACCAUGGAGUACCUGCUGCGCUUCCUCUCCUCACCCAACAAGUGGAAGUUCUUCAAGGGGCCCCUGAAUGUCAUUGACCUGCUGGCCAUCCUGCCCUACUAUGUCACCAUCUUCCUGACCGAGUCCAACAAGAGCGUGCUGCAGUUCCAGAAUGUGCGGCGGGUGGUGCAGAUCUUCCGGAUCAUGCGCAUACUGCGCAUAUUGAAGCUUGCACGCCACUCCACAGGCCUACAGUCGCUGGGGUUCACACUGCGGCGCAGCUACAAUGAGCUGGGCCUGCUCAUCCUCUUCCUGGCCAUGGGCAUCAUGAUCUUCUCCAGCCUGGUAUUCUUUGCUGAGAAGGACGAAGAGGACACCAAGUUCAAGAGCAUCCCGGCCUCCUUCUGGUGGGCCACCAUCACUAUGACAACAGUGGGCUACGGGGACAUUUACCCCAAAACCCUGCUGGGGAAGAUUGUUGGGGGAUUGUGCUGCAUCGCUGGUGUGCUGGUGAUCGCUCUGCCUAUCCCCAUCAUCGUCAACAACUUCUCUGAGUUCUACAAGGAGCAGAAGAGGCAGGAGAAGGCUAUCAAGCGCCGGGAGGCCCUGGAGAGGGCCAAGAGGAAUGGCAGCAUUGUGUCCAUGAACAUGAAGGAUGCCUUUGCUCGCAGUGUGGAGCUGAUGGAUGUGGUGGUGGAAAAGGGUGGAGAGAGGAAGGAGAAGGUGCAGGUCAACCACCUUUCCCCCAACCGAUGGAAAUGGACACCCAAACACAUGGCUUCAGAGACAAGCUCUAAUAAGUCCUACAAUGUAAAUGAACAAGGCUCUCCUGAGAAGACCCGGACGUCCAGCCCGCAGCACCUCAAUGUGCAGAAACUGGAGGAGAUGUACAGCAAAAUGGCGAAGACGCAGUCCCAGCCAAACCUGAACACCAAAGAGAGGGGACCAUCUUCAAAAGCCAAGCACAGGGAUGAAAUUGAGAUGGGUAGCAUCCCAGGGCCUGUGGACCCCCUACUGUCUGCCCACGAGGGCAUCAUUGACAUGAAGAGCCUGUCCAGCAUUGACAGCUACAUCAGCUGCGCCACUGACUUCCCCGAGAGCUCCCGCUUCCCCCAUAGCCCCAUCGUGACCCUUCCAGGGAGGGUCAGUGCCAACCCCGGCCUGCAGACCACCCUGGAGCAUGAGCCCAUGCUGACCCCUCGUGGAACCAUCAAGCCACCAGGGCAGGGCUCCAUCCUGGAGUUCAUCUCCAACCCGGAAGGCUCCAAGCACAGCUUCUUCUCAGACAGCCCACGUGGCCUGCACUUCAGCAACCCGCUGAAGUCACAAUCGCUCAAGGUGAACUUCCGGGGCAGGGAGUCAGGUACCUCCUCCUCCUCUGGCGGUGCCACCAUGCACAUGGGCACUGGCCCACUGUCAGACAGCUCCGCCUUUUCCGACCGCUCCCUCCUGAGUCCCGAGGUGUCAAUCUACACCACGGCCAGCAGCAAGACUCCUCCCAAGUCUCCUGAGAGUCUCAGCUUGAUGCCUGCCAUCUUCACCUUCCAUGACGCGUCCAUCAGCAAGUACAUCGAUGCUGAUACGGAUGACGAGGACCACCUGCAGGAUGGUUCCAACUCCAGCCCCUCCAAGCGCCUACUGGACAACAGCAGCCCGAAGUUCAACAUCAAUGCCGGCUACCAGCGGGGGAUAAACCAUCUGGAGGUGUCUCAGAGAAUGCUGGGUCAGAAUUGCGUGUUCCCCCUGGAAGGCCGGCCAGGGAAUGGGCAGGAAAACCAUGUGGCCCAAGAUCUGCGUAUGUCUCAGGGUGAGAGGAGCCGCUCCACCAACUACGAAGACCGCAUCUGAAUCAGGAGGGCCUGCAGACUGGAGGGGGAGCUAGGACGGGAGGGAGGGGUGAGUGAGUAACACCAAUGGACUGAAAAAACUAAACCAAAAUGCCAACAGCUACGUAGAAUGGCCUGACUAAGCCAAUGGAACAAACAAAAUAAGGAUCCAAGUAAUAGCUACUGGUUCUGUUGAGAUAUGAGGUGUUGCUGAAGACAGCUGCUGAAGUGUUUGCUGCGAAGAAACCACUUCUCCCCUCCCUCCAUUUUCCCCACCCAUUAAACAGAGCCCACCCCAGGGCAGGGCUGUGCCUGUGCAUAGCCAUGCAGUGUUGCAGAAGGUCAGGGAGAGGCGGGGUCGGGGCAGGGCUUGCGCGGGAGACCUAGAACAUCCCAAGUAAACUGAGCCGGUCAGUGUGUAGGCAGAGAACUAUAAGCACGAGUUAGCUCGAACGAGACAGCAGCCCCCACCCCACCCCCUGAGGAAAGCUCGCCACUGCUGUACCGAGCCCCAUCACUCACUGUAGUUUAAGCAUUACAGAAACACAUUGAGUUUGAGGCGGUUUUCAAGUGAGAGGUUUACUGCCUAGUUUUUGUUUUCCUCAUAACUGGCCUUAUUUAUAUUAGGGUCAUGAGUUUUCCAUGACCUUGUUUCUCAAGAUGCAACCUACAAAAUAUCCACCGGGCCUGUCUGUAGCCAUGGCAUUAGAAUGAACAGUUAAUUAAACUCUGAUCUCUAUAACUAUUUAGAGAUGAAUUGUCUAUGUAAAUGCUGACAUCUAAGUAAGGAUGAUUAUACCCUCAAGAUAUUUAAAAGUUGUGAGUUGGAGGGUCAUAUUAAAGAAAAUUUGGGACAUAACUGAGAUAUUUAAAUAUGCGCAGAACCCCAAAGACCAGUAGUCUAUUUUCAGCAUAAUCUGCAUAUGCAGUACGUUCUGGAUGGCGUAUUGUUUUAAUUUUAUAAUUCCCCAUUCAGAAAAUACAUUUCUGAAUCUUUGAUCACUGUAACUAAAUCCAAGUGGACAGCAUGAUGUGUUUUCAUUAACUGAAAUGAUGCAUAAAAACUGCAUCUUCUUAUCUUGGGGGUUUUAUUGCCUAACACUAGUGUAUAUCAAGACAAUCAACUUUCUAGGCAGAAAUAUAUCAGGUUCUUAAAAAAACAUCAAUAGUACAGUGUAUUUCAUCAUUAUAUUAUUAUUAUUAUUAUUAUUAUUAUUAUUAUUAUUAUUAUUAUUAAUAAAGCAGCCAUGUAGUUGUAAUCCUCAAAUACUUCCUGGGUGGCUCUGAAGUGGAGACGAGCGUUAUUUUUAGCGCCAUCAGGUAGAUGAGCAAAACCUGACAAUCUAAGGAAAUUGUUAUCAAUUGACAGUUUGAUGAUGUCUCUUCCAAAUCUUAUUAAAUAAGCUGAGUUGUGGAAAUCGAAAAUAAUCAAAUAGUUGUCUUGAUCAACAGGAGGUGGAGAAUGAAAAUGCGACAGAAAAAAAAACAGACAGGUCACAAGAAACUCAUGACCCUAAUUAUAUGCAAAUAUACACAUACGUUUUUUUUUUUGUGUAUGUAUAUCUAAUGAUUCACAGUGAAAUGUACACAUACAUGCACUCCAAUAUGUGUACGCAUAAUAUAUUCAUUGAUUGACUUUUUUUAAUAACAGAGUAUCUAUAGAUAUCUCUUUUAUUUUCCUUUUCCUUCCAUCUUGAAUUAACUACCACUCAAUGUUAUCCCAUCCUGGCAGUGGACAGAUGAAGCAGAGGGAAACAUAGUCACUAUAACUUGCUGUCUGUCAGAAGGUUUUCUGCUGUCUGUCAAAAGGUUUUCGUUUUAUCUCAAUCAUGUUCAGCAUGUGCAGACUGCACAACAGGCUGUUUUUAUUUUUUAUUUUUAUACUUUUGCUGUUCUCUUUUGUUUGUGGUUUGUUUGUUUUUUGCUUUUUGUUUUGUUUUGUGGCGUGUUCAGAUGGAGGAGGUGUCAACCACCACUAGAAAUGCAUAGGAAUCAGAAACAAAAUCGCCAUCAUCAAAGAUGUUUUGCUGAAAUUCUUAAAUGCAUACAAGAGUCACUCUUCCUCCAUUCCAUUCCGAUUCCCCCAGAACUCACACACUCAUGAGGGGACACACUGAAAGCCUUUCACUUUCUUCAGAUCAUUUGGAACUGCAUAUAUAUAUAUAUAUAUAUAUAUAUAUAUAUAUAUAUAUAUAUAUGAAAACAUUGUAUCAUCAAUGAAAACAUUGUAUCACGUGUUGAUGAUGGUGGAGACGAUAACAAAUUGAUGGAAAAUGACAUAAAUAGAGUUGAAAUGUAUAUUUUUAAGAUUUUUCUAGGAAAUAAGAUUAGCAAAAUAUCUCAUAGUUUUGCAUUUCCAUACAUAGCUUUAUUUUAAAGGAUUAUACGUACCAGAGAUUGUUGAAAGGGACUGACGUUGUUCGCCAUUGUAUCCCAAUGUAUGUGUUGCCGACUUCCCUCCUGCAUCAUUUUUCUUUCUAUGUGAAGAGCCAAAGACUAUUCUUUCAGCUGGCUGGGGUAGGCAGUGGUAGCCCAGGCCUGGGGCGUGGGGAUGGCAUAACAGCACACGCCACACCCACAUACAUCCAUAGCAUUGAACCUCUGCGGUUAUCUGUGGUCAUUUCAGCACACAAUGCACUCAGCUGAACAGCGGUGCAUGGACGACAGUGGGAGGGGGCGCGGGGGGGGGGGGGGGCGGCUCAUGCCCAUGCUCACAGGCGAGGUGGAUGGGGGUGGGGUGGGCGUGGGUGACCAGACACAUCAGUGCGUGAAAUAGGGGGGAACAGAAAGAGACAGGGAGCACAGAAAUCUGCACUUUAUCUCAGAGACUGAAUUAUUCAUCAUCUCACUGGCCAGUAGCCGGCAAUGUUUGAUAGAAAGGUGGUCCAGCACAUCCUUCCUACCGGGUAGCCCUCGCACACACAUGCACACAAGCAUGCACACACGCACAUACACACAUGUAUAUGCACACACAUGCGCAGACAGACACACGCACAUGCACCGCACAUAUACACAUGCAUGCACACACACACACACUUACGAACACACAUGCACACACACACACACACUUACACCAUACGCACACACAUACGGACACAUGCACACACACUCACACGCACGCAGUUCUUUCUGCAUCAUGCACAGUGUAAUUGCGAGCAGGGUGGGGAGCAUGCCGUUCCCCCCACUUGUGCUGCCAUUUUCCGGAUCCACGUCAAGACAGAGGCAUCUUCUCCUCUGCCACAUGCCCCCUGUCUGACUGUUUUAGAGCACAUCCAUCACUAAUUACACUUUAUGUCGGCUUUCCUCGAGCACUUUAUCAGGUGUGAUAUUUACUUUGCUGUUAGAACGGUUCUAAGUAUAUACAGGGAUAUUCAAUGGACAGAAAAAAACUAAAUUGAAAAUGGGAGAAAACCAUUAGCUGUAUGAAUUAGCUGUACUGUUUUCAAUAUUUUUGGCUCUUUACAUGGUCAGUAUAUGUAUUGAAUGGUAUACGGUAUAUAAGCUGAUUUUAUGUGCCUUUAUUCAUGAUUAACUUGUGAUUAUCUUUUAUGCUUUGGAAGACCUGUCAUUAACUGCAAAGGAAUGCACACAAAAACAUAAUAAGAGAAA